GUCCAGGUGGGCCAAUCACAGGAUAAGGAAACUGAUGGCCCCAGCCAGGUGGGGCGUCCCCCAACUGUGGCGGUGCAAAGUGUAUCGGAACAGAACAUCCACUUGUUAACUCUUUUUCCGCACUCACCUGGCUGUGGUUGUUCAUAGUUGGGAUGCUUCCAGCAACGUCUAUCCCUGCAGUCAAUGAGCGAGGGGUCCAUUUCCCAGGCUUACAUGGCAUUUCUUUCUGGCCUCUGGGGUACCCAGCAGGGAUGCUGGAGUUCGAAUAUGGGAACACAAGGAAUGACUAACCUAGGUUCUAAAAGCAGACUUGCUAUCAAGGUUUCAGUAUCGCACUGCGACAUGAUUCAUGAAUAUGCAUUCAACAAGUCCACGUUGGCUUUAAUGAUGAAGUCAUCUGCGUGUUCGGAUGAAGGAAGUGGCAUUUAUAGGAGACUGUCUGAAUUAAGGGGUAAAGGUGUGACCACAGAUUGCGACAGCCGAACUAGAUACAUAACGUGGGAGGUCGGGAUUUGAUAACGCGUCCUGACGCACUUGGUUUAACCAGCGCGCUGACUAUCAACGACUGGUUGCAGAGGGAGAUAAAGAACGAGCUGUCGAAGCCCGUUAGUUGGCUCGACAGAAUCAAAAGGUGUUCAGCUCUUGACAAGGGUUACGGAAAAAUUUUAGCUCGUUCUAUUGAAUCGUGUGCACCAAAGGGAUAAGCGGAAACUAGGCGCUGGACGAGAAAGGAGCAAAUCGAUCUUCAUCUAUUUUAAUUAUAACAUGCUGUGAGUUUGUGGCGAUUGUCACUAAAGCUCAGCCAGCCAGCUACUAGUGCGUGAGAAAUGCGACCAUAGUAUCGAGAAGUAGCUGCUGCCUAUACUCCAUAGCUUUGAGGUAUUUACUACAAGUAGUAGCAGUA